GAACAGACUCAUAAUCAUGUUUGCGAAUCAAAUUCAAACAUGUUCGCAAGCUCAACAAACUGAAUAUUGUCAAGCGUGAGUUCGGAUCCAUAAAAUUAUCGAGCUUGAAAUCUAGCUCGCAAGCUCUAGAUGCUCGUUAUCAUAAAUUGUGUAAUAUAUAUAUAUAUGAGUAGCUAGUGGUAAGAACGAUAUAUAUGUGAGCAUAAGAAGCAGGUCUGCUGCAAAGGUGGGCUGAAAAAGAAAAGGAUGAUUCACUCUCUUCACACUUUCCACCCCACUAAUUAAGAUGAAGAGAGAAAACGAUGAGAAUAAUAAUCUAAAACAACCCUAUCUCUCCGGUGCUUACAUCCGCACCUUCGUCAAGCAACUCGCCUCCUCAACAAGCAUGAGAGACAAACAAGCAGAUCCGCCGCCGCCGCCGCCGCCCACCGAGAAGAAUAUUCCGCACAAGAAGCAAGUCAGGAGGCGCCUUCAGACAAGGAAGCCUUACCAAGAAAAGCUCCUCAACAUGGCCGAAGCCCGCCGCGAAAUCGUCACCGCCCUCAAACUCCACCGCGCCGCCAUGAAACAACAAAACCAGCAAAUCCAACCGCAGCCAGACCAGAAAUCGAGGAGGAAUCCCAGAAUCUACGCUUCCAUUGCCGAUGCCAAUUUCGCACAAGGCAAUUCACCCUAUUAUUUCUCUUCUUGCCCCGCUCCGCCGCCGCCGCCGCCGCCUCCGCCGUUUCUUGAGAAUCUUGAUUUGGCGCUGCCCAGCCAGGCGCUGGGCCUCAAUCUGAACCUGCAUGACUUCAUCACCGCCUCUUCUUCUUCGAUUUACUCAUCGUCGUCUCCAUCGACGUCUUCGUCGCCUCCUCCUCCGGCGGCGGCGGCGGCGGAGACCGGGCGAGGGUUUGAGUUCUUGAAUUGUGUGGAAAUUGGAGGGGAGGAUGAGAGGGAAGAGGAAGUGGUGAGCUCCCCUUUCGAUGAAGUGAUGGAAUUUCCGGCGUGGUUGAAUGCAAACGAGAGCUGCUUGCAGCAUGUUGAUCAUUUCUGCGCUCAAGAUUCUGUUUUGCCAUGCAUGGACAUCGAGGAAAUUGAAGGAAUGGAUGGAGACUGGUUGGCUUGAGAAAUAUUUUGAUUGUGUCUCUUUUUUUCGCAUGAUCAAAUAUAUAUUUGCCUGCCCAAGUAGUGCAUGGGCAUUGGGCACUCAGGAUUUUUCUUAAAAUAUUUAAUUUUAAAGUCUUUAUUUCAAUAAUACCUUGUAAUAUACUAAUAUAGUUAAUACACCUUGUAUGCAUUGAGCAACAGUGAUUCUUCUUUUUCCAUGAAAGUGUGUUAGACCAGUAUGCAUUUAAUUGCAAAAAAUGUAGAAUAAUUUGUUGAUGGUGGAAUUGAUUUUGUAUACUAAACGUUAUUCAUCUGUC